GGGGCCAGAGAGCACGGCGCCUCUCGAGCGCAACAGAACCCCGCCGGCUGAGGAGCACGGUGGGUGCGGGGCCUCGGCCCCCUGCGGCCUCGCCACCCCCACCCCUACUCCCAGCCCCAGCCCGAGGCCGCGCGGGCGAGGACCUGGCUUCCCGUCCGGGCCGCGGCCCGCCCCACACCGGGCGGGGCCCCGAUCUGCGGCCUCGCCUCGCCGGGGAGCCGGAGUCGGCCGGGAGCUCCCGGGAGCCGCAGCCCCAGCCACACGGUCCCCCGGGGCCGGGCCGGGCGGCCGGGGCGCGAUGGCGACGUGGCGGCGGGACGGCCGGCUGACGGGCGGCCAGCGGCUGCUGUGCGCGGGCGCGGCAGGGGCGCUCAGCCUCACGGUCACCGCGCCGCUCGAGCUCGCCACCGUGCUGGCCCAGGUCGGUGGCGCGCGGGGCCCGGCCCGGGGACCGUGGGCCGCGGGGCUCCGGGUGUGGCGCGCCGAGGGGCCCCGCGCCCUGUGGAAGGGGAACGCGGUGGCCUGCCUGCGCCUCUUCCCCUGCAGCGCCUUGCAGCUCGCCGCCUACCGCAAAUUUGUCAUGCUGUUCACGGAUGACCUGGGCCAUAUUUCCCAGUGGAGCUCCAUCAUGGCUGGGAGUCUUGCGGGCAUGGUGUCUACCAUUGUGAUGUACCCCACAGACCUCAUCAAAACCCGGUUGAUUGUGCAGAACCUGCUGGAACCAUCUUACAGAGGGAUCCUCCAUGCUUUUUCUACUGUCUAUCAACAGGAAGGGUUCCUAGCCCUUUAUCGAGGGGUUUCCCUUACUGUUCUAGGUGCUCUCCCCUUCUCCGCUGGCUCCCUUCUAGUUUACAUAAACCUGGAGAAACUCUGGAACGGACCCCGAGAUCGGUUCUCUCCCCUCCAGAACUUUGCCAAUGUCUGCCUGGCCGCUGCCGUAACCCAGACACUCUCCUUUCCUUUCGACACAGUGAAGAGAAAGAUGCAGGCUCAGAGCCCACACCUUCCCCACCACGGAGGAGUGGAUGUCCAUUUCUCAGGAGCAGUGGACUGCUUCCGGCAGAUAGUCAAAGCCCAAGGAGUCCUGGCCCUCUGGAAUGGACUGACAGCCAACUUGCUGAAGAUAGUUCCAUAUUUUGGAGUUAUGUUUGGCACCUUUGAGUUCUGCAAGAGAAUCUGUCUUUACCAAAAUGGUUACAUUGUGUCUCCUCUGAGCUAUAAAUUGACCCCAGGAGUGGAUCAGAGUUUGAAGCCCCAGGAAUUACGGGAAUUUAAAAAGUUUUUCAAAACUGGACAGCUAAAGUCUAAAAAACCAACCCUUUAAAACUAAAUGGAACAAGAAGCACAGUUAGGGCAUGUUACAAUCAUACAAAAAUGUAGCCUCAUAAUCCUAUGUGCAUGGAGUGACAAGAGGAUAUACCCAUCUGCUGCUCUUGGAAAUGAGAAGAUUCAGCCACAUACCAGCUCCAAGCUCCAAGCUGAUGACCUGGUACACACCUGUGCCACGGGGAAGCUUCCCAACAGGACUGUUUCGUGGUGGCAUUCCACCAGAUUUUAUAAUAAAAUCUAGCCUUCAUUCACGAAAUGUGCAAUUUACACUCUGUAAAUGUGCAACUCACAGGACGCCAAAGAAAGGGCAUCGCCAUGACCUCAAAGUGACAUGCAGUUGAAGUGGCUGAGCAGGAUCCCUGGGUGGCUCAGCGGUUUAGCGCCUGCCUUUGGCCCAGGGCAUGAUCCUGGAGUCCUGGGAUCAAGUCCCACAUCAGGCUCCCUGCAUGGAGCCUGCUUCUCCCUCUGCCUAUGUCUCUGCCUCUCUCUCUGUGUCUCUCAUGAAUAAAUAAAUAAAAUCUUAAAAAAAAAAAGAAAUGGCUGAGCAAAUACCACAUCAUGAGCUCAGCCACAUGGUCACAGCUCGCACUAACCCACACUGGCCUAGUUUUGCUCCAUUUGACCCAAGUCCUCCUAACACAGUUGUUCUGAAAGCCCUAAUCUUUGAGGAGUUCUGAGUGCAUACACUAUAGUGCAAAUUAUGCCUUAUCAGAAACUGAUUUAAAGCAUUUAACAUUUAAAAGUCAUCACUGUCAUCGUAGAACCACCCUUCUGUAUUUAAAUUUGAAGCAUCUCAAUCUUUUUUCAGGAAGGCAGUUUUUACCCUGACCACUUAAUUAAUGCCCCCAAAGACCUUCUUCCAAUUGAAGUCAUGUACAGUUGAAGUGGCCCGAAUUCUCUGCCUUUUUAACGUGCUUUGCAAGCCCUACCCUGAAAAUAAAUUAUUUAGUCAACUUAAGUUAUUCUCACAAGAUGUCCCAAUUGCCUAGAAAGGAUCAAAUAGAACAUUUGACACACAUAUCAAAAAGAGAAAUGGAACUGAACAGAAAUACUUCAGGCUAAUCAUCUCUACUCGAUGCUUUAAAAAUCAAACUUUGGAUUGUUCCACCUUGAGAACUCCAUGUCAAGUUUAUAUAACCAUACUUUCAAAUACUUAUCUAUGCAUUGAAAAACAAUAAUAUUAAAUUUUUAAUUUACACACACACACACACACACACACGGGCUUUCAGUAUGUUGAAAGUAUUUUUCCAUGUUAAAUUUAUUUUCCAAAGAAAAAUGUUGUUUGGUCAUUUGUUACCUAAGGUAAGUGAUAGCAGAGGAAUAGCAGUUAAUACACACAGGAAGAUCUCAUCUGUAGCCCAAUCUGUUACAGUUGGGAGGGUGGCACAUUCUUUACCCACAGCGGAUAGCCAUAUUUAUUAACUCUUCAUUUUCCUUUCAGUGAACAGGUUUUUUAAAGUUCUGAAAUCUGCAGGAAAAAAAAUACGUUUUUAUACUAGAUCUAAAAUCCUAACUCAGGUUACUUACACCACAUUAAUAUCUUCUGCGUAUUCUUCAACGCAUAUAUGAGAGGGACAGCCACGCUCCAGCUACUAUCACACACAGGAAUGUUUUCUGAGCUGUAGUUUUGGCUUUUUCAAUAAAGUUAAUUGGGGAAAAGGAAUGCCUCGUUUUUUCUAAUUUCAGGACAACUCUUAAAACUCUAGUUUUGGGGGCACCUGGCUGGCUCAGUUGGAAUACCAUGCAACUCUUGAUCUCAGAGUCAUGAAUUCAAGCCCCACGGUGGGUAUAGAGAUUACUAAAAAAAUAAUAAUUAAUUAACUUAAAACAAAACUCUAGUUUUGUUCCUGAAAUAAACUUCCAGCUUAUUUUCAUUUUCUCAGGGGUAUGAAAGGAGUGUUCUGCUUUUCUGCUUUAUGACUGGCAGAGUACACUAAACUGGACUAAGUACUUUAGGAGGAUUAGAAAGACAUGUGAUACAAUAUUAACCCAGGAGAAGCACAGUCUUAAGGACAAAACAUCCCUACAUAGGAAAGGACUCUGAUUACAAAGCAAAUACAAGCGAAGACAUGAUAAUGUGGUAACAACUGUCUGUCUAAUAAGACCACCAAGGGGCUCCCUGUAUACCUACUGAAUCAAGGAUUAAAGGGAUCAUCA